AUGUUGCUGCAGCAGGGGCAAAAUGGGAGCCCCGCGCUGGCUUCCUCGGCCUCGAAAGAUUCCGGGGUUGAUCCAUUAGAAGAAAUACAACAGAGAUUAAAACCUGGAUGGUCGGUACAUUUGACACACGACAAUCGAUUGUUUUAUUGCAAGUAA